AUGAAUUGGGUUGGGGGGUCCCGUCGAAGAAUCCUGCUUACCAAAGAGAGAAGAAAACAGAAAGAUUUUUUUGAGAAGGAAAAACUUAAGUCCAAGAUGAAGCUAGUGGGAGUAUCUCCUUUGAAAAGCUCAGCGGUCAGUUUGGACCUUCUCAAUCUCUAUGUUGUUAAUCAGAUCUCUACAAAGAAAGAAAAUGCUGAGAAUAUUCGAAAGCCCAUUCAUGUAGAUAUUAACAGAGAAACUAAAAUUCCUUUGAGAAAGCAAAAUGUAGAAUUUCCCAAGUCACCAGAAUGCAGACCAACUAAGCUCUCCCUUGAUGACAUCCAGCAUAGGAUACAAGAAGAAAUCUUAGACAGCAGAAGAAAAUACCACUAUGAAAAAGCCAGUGUUCAUUCUGAAGAUUUGGGAUCUACUCGAACAAUAAAGAACAAAGAGGAAGACUUUUGGCUUUCUACAACAGCCUACAGGCCAGAAGAAUUCAGUGCCCCAGAUCCAGAGGCACCAGUGGGUCUGUAUUUCCAGCAGCUGAAUAGUCCAGGAUACGGUAACUCCAUUGAUAAGGAUUUUGGAAACAGUCAAGCUAACGGAGAAGAAUCAUUGUUUGGUCCUGUAAAUGAUCUGAUAAAGACUAGCCAAGAUACCAGCUUUCAGCCAAUUGCAAGUUUGUUUGAAGAGGGCAGUCAGUUUCCGGCACUUCCGCCCUCUCAAUCUUACUGUUCUUUUGCUAACCAAAGCCAUAUCGAGCCGCUAUUCACAGAUCUUGGCGAUGCAAAAGAAAUAUUCAGUAGGCCCAGCCUGUAUGAUGGUGAAGAAAUGCAUCAGAGGACGGGUCCCCGCUAUGCAGCUGAGCGGGACCUCACCAGCAUCCUCACAGCUCCAGCGAUGAUUUGCUCCCUUGAUAACCAAAGCUUAAAUGCGAUAAACCAGAAUCCAGUUUGGAAUCAGUCCAAUCACUGCAGUAUCCAGAAAAGAGACCCUGAGGAGUUUUCUGAUCAACAACAACUUACUAUGUUCUUCGAUAAUAUAGGAGGUUUUAAAAACCAAAAGAAAUACACCAAAGCACCAAAAACCAUAAAGAAUGACUUAAAGAACAGCAGGAAGAAAGGCCGGCCCGAUCCCAGUAUGGAUUAUUUGAAGAUUUUCGAGCACAAAAUGCUGGAUAAGGACAUUUACAGUGACUUUGAUCAGCAUUGGAAGCAAAGCAGGCAAAAUGAUGACGAUUCCCAGUUGACCAGCCAGUCACCCACUUAUUCUCCAAAGCAAGCAGAUAGACAUACCAGUUCUUCAUCUGAUGAGUCUAAAGCAGAGGAGUGGAAUGAAGAAGCAUCAUCUGAUUCUGAAGACUCUUUUUCAAGGACUUCCAACGAUCCCUACUCGGGAUCAGGACGUCAAAGAUCAGAGUAUGUUUGCCUAUUUGAUGGCAGGCCCCGGAAUACAGCUAAUAUUCAACCCCAGGCAAAACCUGCCAUCGCUCCAAAAAAGAAUAGGUUGCACAGAGCUAAACUGCAGUUGUUCGACAGGAAUGAUAAGGGGAAGCAUGAUGCUUCGUCUCAAACAGAUGCAUGUGCUGAGCCUGUAGAAAAAUGCAAUGCAGCUGUGCAGUGUGACAUCAUCCAGGGCUGCAGCUGUAAAAAGGAGCUCACCCACAGUGCUGAAAUUGUGACUUCGACUAGCAAGGUAGAGACCACUGGAGGGCAGACCGCUCCAGCGGAAAGUGCAGUCCUCCAGCCAACAAAUAGAAAGGCUUUGUUGAUUAAGAAUUUUGUCUCCUGAAGCAGAUUGUUUCACAGUGGCGAGGUCAGCCUAGCUCAGUCUAACAAAUAAAAAAAGGGAGGAAAAAAUGCAGCCGAACAUACAUAUUCAUUGGCAGUGCAGUCAAGAACAGAGCUUAAAUGAAUUGUUUCUUCCGGCAUACAUAUUUUCCAGCUCUUGUUUCAUUACACAGAUUGAAGGAUACUUAAAUACAUAUGUCACAAAACAGUGGGGAAUUAAGCAAUUAUAAUAACAACGAUUAAAACAACAUAUAUAAUAUUGCCAGUCCGGUUUAGCAGCUUUUAUCUUCUGGCUGUUUUCUCCCUCCCUUGACUAAAUAUAUCUUCCUGUAUCUUUCAGUUUUGUUAACGUAGUUUAAUGUAAAUGUCUCUGUGAAAACAAUACUUAAUUCAUUUGUAUUUUGUCCUUUCCUUCCUAAAACCAAUGCACAGUGGUCCAGUUCUGUCAUAAUGAGUCCUCUAGGCCAAAAUUGGUUGACAAGCUGAAGCAUUUGUCCUCUUCAGCUGAGCUGGGAACAGAAGGAAGGAAGGAGUCAAUCCUCAUUUUUAAAUGAUGUUCUGCACCAUAAAAUUAUAGCUGAAAAGCCUCACCCAGAGUUCAUUUGCUGUUUUGCUUUUAAGCAAUCUUUAAACAUAGUUUCCUGGUUAAUCUAUAAUUGAGCAUACAAAAAGGCAGAGAAGCGGGCACACUUCAUCCUGUUAUUUAUUCAUAGGUCAAGAAGCAGUUUUCCCACUGUAAAUAAAUUGGAUCAGAGAUUGAGGGAUUGGACCAAUGGGUUUCCAUUUUAUUGUAAACUCUAAUACUAUCAGAAGCUAUAUUAGAAAUGAAGAAUAUAAAUUUCUGCAUCGGAAAUUGGGAGUUUUAAGAAUGCUUCUGAAUAGUUAUAUUUCAGCCCUCGUUUAAACAGGGACUUAAUUCACCAAUUCUUGCUUUUAUAUUGAACAUCUUCUGAUUUAAGAGAUUUGAAAUUUGCUGUCAUUUUCUUUGUAGCUACAGUAUGUUGCCUGCAACUCAGGAAUGAUAGCUUGUUUUAUUUUUACUGUUUGAACAAAACUGCUGUGCUAAGAUAGGUACUUUCCUACCCAUUCCUGCCUUCAGUUUUGCCCUAUCCCUGUGGGUUAGUCUGAGGUUGAAAAAAGCUAAUUUAAAGGACAAGUAUUGCUAGUAUCAUCUCAUCGGUUAGGCAAAGAGAGAGAUACUAAGUGUUGUUGAAGAAAAAGAGGGCUGAGCAGGUUGCUGUGUAAUGCCUUUGUCCUCUUUGAAGCACGUUACUGGAUAUUUUAGCAGACUCCAUGGAUGUUCUCAAUCUGGAAGACCUUGAGCCUUAAAGAAAUGUGUUUUUCAAAUUGUGUUCUAAAGCGCCACCACUUCACUAAAAUAAACAUC